CUGGCGCGAGCUGCGUCCAGUCGUCGUUCGCUCGUGGCCCGGAGUACGUAAGGACGCCGCAAACGCGUGUAAAUUCGGAGAGAAACAGCAUUUUUGUUUUUCAGUUUAUUGUUUAUUUAUUGUUGUUGUUUCUAAAGAUCGACAAACGCAUUUAAAUUAUUUUUGCCGUAAAAUAUACAAGAACUUUUGCUGAAACACCGAUUUCUUCGUGUUCACGUUUUUUGCACGCGUCAAAAUACGAUAAAACAUGGUUUUAAUGACCACCGGGCAACCGCUGAGCUGGGAGGAAACGAAAAAACUUUCCGAUCACGUAAGGAAACAUGGUAUCAAGCAAUUCAUCAAUCUUUACAAACGACUCCGUGACAGACAAGGCGAUGUUCUCAAAUGGGGGGACGAGGUCGAAUACAUGAUCGUCAAGUUUGACGACGAUAAAAAAACUGCCAAGGUUAGUCUGAGGGCUGAGGAAAUUUUGGCGAAAUUGAAUGAAAAAGAGCAGAAAGAUCCUGCUGCCGUCAAAUCUCUUUGGAGGCCUGAAUAUGGAUCCUACAUGAUCGAGGGGACUCCAGGAAAACCUUAUGGCGGCUUGCUAGCCCACUUCAAUGUCGUCGAAGCCAAUAUGCGAUACCGGCGACAAGAAGCAGUUAAAGAACUGCGCGAUGGCGAAGUUUUGCUAUCCUUGACUAGUUUUCCGCGUUUGGGUGCUCCCGACUUCACAGAUCCACCUGUAAAACCAACGCCUCAAGCCGGUGCUUCUCGCAGCCUGUUUUUUCCUGACGAAGCCAUUUUUCUUGGACAUCCUCGAUUCCAAACUCUCACUCGCAAUAUUCGACAAAGACGUGGGGAAAAAGUUGCCAUUAAUAUUCCUAUUUACAGAGACGAAAAUGUGCCCGAGCCCUUUAAAGAAAAUUUUGAAGCGCUCGGCGACGAUGGAACCAGUGCAAGGGCUGCGCAGGAAAACCAUGUUUACAUGGACGCCAUGGGUUUUGGAAUGGGUUGCUGUUGCUUGCAGUUGACGUUCCAGGCCUGCAACAUCCAAGAGGCAAGGACCUUGUACGAUCAGCUAACGCCGCUUUGCCCAAUAAUGUUGGCACUCACAGCCGCAAGUCCUUUGCAUCGAGGCUACGUAACGGACGUCGAUUGUCGAUGGAACGUUAUUUCCUGUUCGGUCGACUGUAGAACGCGUGAGGAACGAGGGCUCGAGCCUCUCAAAGAAAACAAAUUUCGUAUAAACAAAUCCCGGUACGAUUCGAUCGACUCUUACCUCAGCGAACAAGGUGAUCAGUAUAACGACGUUCCUCUCAUUUACGACGAGGAUAUUUACAAGGAACUUUUGGAAAAUGGUAUCGAUCGACUAUUGGCUCAGCACAUCGCUCAUUUGUUCAUCCGCGAUUCGGUUUCGUUGUUUUCCGAAAAAGUUCAUCAGAACGAUCUCGAAGACACGGAUCAUUUCGAGAACAUCCAAUCAACGAAUUGGCAAACCAUGCGUUUCAAGCCACCGCCUCCGAACUCAUCGAUUGGUUGGCGAGUGGAAUUUCGUCCUUGCGAGGUUCAAAUAACCGAUUUCGAGAACGCAGCGAUAGUCUGUUUCGUGGUGUUGUUAACACGCGUUAUUCUCAGCUACAAAUUGAACCUCUUAAUACCGAUCAGUAAAGUCGACGAGAACAUGGCGAGGGCCCAGAAACGUGAUGCAGUGAAAAACGAAAAAUUCACAUUCCGACGGGACAUCACGUCGUCCACGUGCGAUCCUGACAAUCGUGACGAAUUCACCGAGUACACAGUCGACGAAAUAAUCAACGGGAAAGAAGGUGUUUUCCCUGGCCUCGUUCCACUCGUAAAUUCUUAUCUCGCCAGCAUGAACGGCGACGCCGAUACUUACUGCACCAUCCAGAGGUAUCUCAAAUUUAUUCAGAGACGUGCCUCCGGCGAACUCUUGACCACUGCCGCCUGGCUCCGAAAGGAAGUCACCACGCAUCCGGAUUACAAAAAAGACGCAAUAAUAACGUCACGAAUAAACUACGAUCUGCUGAAGAAGAUCGAUGCGAUUGAGAAGAACGCAUCUCUGUGUCCGGAGCUCCUGGGCCCCUGUACGACGUCCAAAACAACCGAGACAAUACCGCCGGCUGUGGCCAAAGCCGAAAACUGCCGCACUCCGGACUGUUGAUAUUUGUAUUUUAUUUUACCGUAGCAAGACUGGGAGCUGAAUAUGUGCGAAUGUGUGAAUGUGUGAGAAUGAGAAAUCUGAGAGAGAAAACAGAGUUUAGCGGAGAUGAAGAACAACAGAGAAUUCUUAUAUAUUAAAAUAUACAUAGCAAGAUUUUAACGUCAUCGCACUGCGUGACCAAUACACAGGCACUAUGUACGUAUAUAUCGUGUAUAUGUGAAUGUAUAUUGCGAGGGAUGUCCCAGGUUUUAGGCCUUAUUCUCGAAGAUUCGCGGAGUAUCCAAAUUUUCAGAAACCACGAGCUUUGGACCCGUGUCUUGACUCAAUGGUUGGAGAUAGAGCAAAAAUGCAUCAGAUCAAUUUUUUAGAGCGUCAAAUUUCCUACAAAAAAGUUCCUCUACAAUUUUUUCUAGGGCCUCUUUUUCAGUUGUGGAAGGGCCACGAAAGAAAACGAAGACAAACUUUCCAAGAACCUUUUUUGACUGGAUCUCGAGGCUGCAGUUCUGGAGAUGAAGCAAUGAGGCCAAGGACUUUUUUGUAGAAAAUUCUCCGCUCUACAAUAUCGGUUAUGAGCAAUUUUUGCCUAUCUCUCAUUCUUUCGACGUUAUGCAGGAUUGAUGACUUUCCUUCCUCUUUUUUGGCAUUCAAUCAAUAAAAUAGGUAAUUUGGUGGAAAAAUUGAAAGAAUCUUUCGAGAUGAGACGUCUUGUUUAUACAAUCUCAUAUAUGAAGAUAUGUGUGUACAUAUAUAAAUAUUAUAUAAAAACAUACUUAAGGUGGCAGCGCGAUAAAUCCGCGGGAAGGAGAAAAGUGGCUUUCACCAACGAGAAAUUACGAUCAAGAACAAAAAGAACACAUUCCGCUGAAAUUUGCCUCGGAUUUUCUAAUUUUCGUCUUUUAUUGUAAUCCGAUUUUGCAUUUGUCAAUUUUUUCCUCACGUUGAGGAAUUUUCGAUCUUAAAAAUUCCACGUUUCACGUGAAUUAUGUUCAGGGAGAGAAAAGAAAAGAAAAAGUAUUUACUGGGUUACACUCUUUGGUCGGAAUGAACUAACAGAAAAUGGCAAAUUUUUGUUUUUACUCUUUUUGUUUUUUUCAUCGUACGAUUAAAUUGUUACGUUUACGAAUAUUAUUUUCUAUUUAGAUUAAAAUUUGGUGAGAAGAAAGGCACGCUCAAAGGCAAGAUGAACAAAUCCCAAUAAAAAGUAUUUAUGAAGAUUUUCAA